CGCCAGAUCAUCAACGCCGCCUGCACCGCUUGCCAGAGACGCAAGUCCAAGUGCGAUGGCGUCCGGCCCAAGUGCUCUGCUUGCGUAAGAAGACUUACCGAUUGUUCCUACGAGACCGCUAGCGCAGAAGAAACAAGGACCUCGGCUCUCAAGCGAAGAAAUGAAAUGCUGGAACAGCGUUUGUCGACUUUUACCGAGUUAUACGAUUUGCUUCAGUCGGCGUCUGAGUCGGACGCGAGAACGCUGCUGCAACUGAUCAGGUCGUCUCCCGACCCUGAAACCGUCCUGAACACAGUCAGAGAGGGGCAGCUGUUGCUUCAA